GGAAAUUCCAAGAGGACCGAAGAACUCUUUUGCAAUAACGAACAAUCUCGCGGAAGUUGUUUCAAGAGCAUAUAUAUUGGUAUUCGCCAUGCCGAAAUCUCUACAAAAAGUUCACAAACACAUCGCUAAGAAGCGCGGAGUGGUCGACGCCCUGCACGAGAAUAGCAGAGAUGCGAAGAGACUGCGGAGGGCAGGUGCUAGAGAUGAUCGAGUCGCUCGAAUCACAGCAGUUAUGGCCAGAGGCAGGCAGACAUAUGUGGACCGCAUGACCUAUUUUCAAGAAGCAAUCCCAGAAGGAACUGUAUCAUUUUCAGACGAUGACUUGACAGACUUAGUCGUGAGGUUUAUUAAUCGCAGCGUGCCUGAGAUCGAGCAAUUACAGAGUGAACGGCGGAAAGGACGACCUCCCACCAAGAGAGAGGAGGCGCUACUGCAGAGAACCGAAGCUGAGAAUAAGGAGUUUAAGACCGGGUUCUGGAUGCCUGAUCUGAGCCAGGAAAGCGUUGUUAAGGGUCUGGUGGGCUGGAAUGGAGAUUGGUCUAGUCUCAGUUCUAUGAAGUUCAUCCGACUGACAAAAGAGACUGGGAAACAGGCUUCAAUUUUCCCACCGAAAGGCCUAUCGUGAUACCUUUGAUUUUAUUUUAUAUUUUUCCUUUGAUUUUCUGCGACUUUUCCUCUUAAAACUUCGAACGACUCGGACAUGAUCUCGUUCAAUAACCACACAGGAUAAUGGUGUUAUGACAGCAUAUGCAUAUUUGGUUUCUCGC